UUAAAAAAAAAUUUCCUCGUGGUUUGGUGAAAUCCUUCUCUAAUUCAAUCUUUGUCUUUUGUCUUUGCUGCCUUGCAGGGUUGGUACAGUAGGCCUCACUAGACUUAGCUGCAACUCAGAAUUUCUCCUCCAACAACUGAGUAAAGGCUGAUGGUCUUGUGGAAUGUGGAUUAAAAGUUCGGGCUAAGUUCUCAAAAUUCCAAUUAAGAAGCGGAGAAAAAUUUUAAAAACUGUCUCCUUCAAAGUUUGUCACAACCAACACCAUCAAGACAGCAAAUCAAACGACAAAGACUUUGACCUGCUAUAUUACUAUAUUUAGUCCAGUCCACGUAUGGCAUAAAGACUUGGCUGGGGGGAGCAAAAAGUAAAGUUGAACACCUCUCUCAUUGGAAGCUGUUGACUUAACAAAGUUACCAAAAUGAGGGCUGUGCUGGAGACAGCAGACAUUGCCAUUGUGGCCCUGUACUUUGUGCUGGUCAUGUGCAUUGGUUUUUUUGCCAUGUGGAAAUCCAAUAGAAGCACCGUGAGCGGAUACUUCCUGGCAGGGCGCUCUAUGACCUGGGUAGCUAUUGGUGCCUCUUUAUUUGUGAGCAAUAUUGGGAGUGAACACUUCAUUGGGCUGGCAGGAUCCGGAGCUGCAAGUGGAUUUGCUGUAGGUGCAUGGGAAUUCAACGCCUUAAUGCUUUUGCAACUUCUGGGAUGGGUUUUCAUUCCAGUCUACAUCCGGUCAGGGGUGUACACCAUGCCUGAAUAUUUAUCGAAGCGUUUUGGUGGCCAUAGGAUUCAGGUCUAUUUUGCAGCCUUGUCUUUACUUCUUUAUAUUUUCACCAAGCUUUCAGUUGAUCUGUAUUCAGGUGCCCUCUUUAUCCAGGAGUCUUUGGGUUGGAACCUUUACUUAUCUGUGAUCCUGCUGAUUGGAAUGACUGCUUUGCUGACUGUUACUGGAGGCCUUGUUGCUGUCAUCUAUACAGAUACACUUCAAGCUUUGCUCAUGAUCGUUGGGGCACUUACACUUAUGGUUAUCAGCAUGAUGAAGGUUGGUGGGUUUGAGGAAGUUAAGAAAAGGUACAUGUUGGCGAAACCUAAUGUGACCUCGAUCUUGUUGACUUACAACCUUUCCAACACGAAUUCUUGUAAUGUCCACCCAAAACCAGAUUCUUUGAAAAUGUUGCGUGAGCCAACAGAUGAAGAUGUUCCUUGGCCUGGAUUCAUUCUUGGGCAGACCCCAGCUUCAGUGUGGUAUUGGUGUGCUGACCAAGUUAUUGUGCAGAGGGUCUUAGCUGCCAAAAAUAUUGCACAUGCCAAAGGCUCUACUUUGAUGGCUGGCUUUUUAAAGCUUCUGCCCAUGUUUAUUAUAGUGGUCCCAGGGAUGAUUUCAAGAAUACUAUUUGCAGAUGAUAUUGCUUGCAUUAACCCAGAGCAUUGUAUGCAAGUCUGUGGCAGCCGAGCUGGAUGUUCCAAUAUCGCUUAUCCACGUCUAGUGAUGAAAUUGGUACCUGUGGGCCUACGGGGGCUGAUGAUGGCUGUAAUGAUUGCAGCACUGAUGAGUGAUCUUGACUCAAUAUUUAACAGUGCCAGUACUAUAUUCACCCUUGAUGUGUACAAGCUCAUUCGCAAAACAGCAAGCUCAAGAGAGCUAAUGAUUGUGGGGAGAGUUUUUGUGGCCUUCAUGGUAGUGAUCAGCAUCGCUUGGGUACCAAUCAUUGUGGAGAUGCAAGGGGGCCAGAUGUACCUUUAUAUUCAGGAAGUGGCUGAUUAUCUGACACCCCCAGUGGCGGCUCUUUUCCUUUUGGCCAUUUUCUGGAAGCGUUGCAAUGAACAAGGGGCAUUUUAUGGUGGAAUGGCUGGCUUUGUUUUAGGAGCUCUUCGCUUGAUCCUGGCAUUUACCUACCGUGCCCCAGAAUGUGACCAACCUGACGAGAGGCCAGCUUUCAUAAAAAAUAUUCAUUACAUGUAUGUGGCUACAGCUUUGUUUUGGGUCACAGGGCUUAUUACUGUGAUUGUCAGCCUUCUCACACCACCUCCUACCAAGGAGCAGAUCCAUACCACCACUUUCUGGUCUGUAAAAGUCCCAGACAGGAAAGAGAGCAUCCCACGAGAGGAUCCAUACAAAAUGCAGGAGAAGAGCAUUCUGAAAUGCAGUGAGAACCUUGAGGGUACCAACCACAUUGUUCCGAAUGGAAAGUCUGAAGAAAACCUUAAGACCAUCCAGCCAGAAGAUAUCAACCUCUUGAUGCCGUGCAGGGAAGAGAGCAAUCCAGUAUCUUCAUUAAGUCAUUCCGAGGCUGAGACGCCAGUAGACUGUUAUUCCAAUGGGCAGGCAGCUCUCAUGGGUGAGAGACAACAAGAGAAAGAGAUUGAGAGUAGACAUCAGUACUGGAAAUUCAUAGACUGGUUCUGUGGUUUUAAAAGUAAGGGCCUAAACAAAAGAAGCCUCAGAGAUGUGGUGGAGGAGGAGGCUCUUUGUUUGCAAAUGUUGGAAGAGACUCCCAAAGUUAAGUUAAUACUAAACAUUGGACUCUUCGCUGUCUGUUCACUUGGAAUCUUCAUGUUUGUUUAUUUUUCUCUGUGAACUUUUAAGGGGAUGGUGAGACGCUAGCUUGUGAGGAUACUUUCUUUGGGAAAAAAAGAUUUAUUUGUAACUGUUGCAUCUCUCAAGCAUUGUUUGUGCUGAGGUUUUAGCCAAAUUUUACUUAGAAAAAAAAUCAUCUAUUUGCAAGACUUUUUAAUCUACCCAGAGUUGAACAAAAACAAUACUCUUCAGUUUAAAUGAAGCAAAACUUUUUUUAGUCUUCUCAGUUGUACAAAUGAAAUUAAAUUUUUCCUUCAAUACCAAAGUAAAGAAAAUUGUUUUAUCUUAAUGUUAUACUAUGAGAGAACUUAGACCAGCUACCAAGGGGACCUUUAAAACAAAAUAUAUUUAUUUUGCAAUACUUUGAACAGAUGUAUAGUAUACGCUGCCAAGUCUGGGUAGGAUUUUUCACA